AUGGAUUUGGAUUCAAGUCAAGAAAUAUUGAAACUAUCAGACUGUGAAGAAGACUCAAUUAAACUUGCAAUCCUUUCAAAUUUACUCAUAAAAUAUAUAGGCCUCAAAAGAAAGCCUACUCAUCGACGCGCAUUCAGAUUUAAAUCAUCAUAUCCUUUCGGCUUAAAAUCAAGCAUAAGCUCAUAUGACAGCUCUCGGUCAACAUUAUCACUGAAUUCGGAGCCAGAUCCAUUUCUAAUAAGCCAAAGUUUUUCUAUAGUUAGCUAUGAUAUUCCAGAAUUGAAUUUUAGCACUUCCGAAUGCCAUAAGUGGAUUUACAAUUUAAAAAUUUGUAAUAUUAAUAUAGAUUCAAAUCAGAGAUGAGAUGAGAUUUUUAGAUUAGAGAGGGUUAAAGCGGGGAUUAUUUCAGCCCCUAAUCCAGUCGAGCUUCAGCUUCACGCUCAUGUGGCGCUAGUCACUAAGCCACCUACCGCCCUUUUCUGAUGAUGUCACCAAAAAUGGUGACGUCAGCAUCUUUUGGGGAGACUCACCACCCAAACUUGCUUGGACCAAAAAGCUUCAGCAAAGGACUCUCUUAACCCCCUGGUAGUGCUUAGGGUAUGAGGGGGCCGUCUGAUGCCUCCUUCUGGAACUACCUCUGCCAUUUGCAGGCAACAUAAUGCUCCUCCAGAAGUCCUCGAUUGGUAUUGCGCCGUCGGUCUUCUCGUUUGUGGGUCGAGGGGAGGCCCAGUUAGCCCAGACCACAUCAAACCCGGGAAUUUAGCCACCUGCGACCUCGUAGCUUUCCGCCAGCUGUUUUAUUUUCUGGCAAAAAUUCUGAGUUCAUCUGUCGCUACUAGGCAUGCCAUGAUGGCAUUAAUUCUUAGAUUCAAAUGAAGAAUUUGAAAUUAUCCGGCACAACUUCCUUAAACUCUACACAACUCAUAAAACAGAAGGAGGCUCAAGAAUCGAAAAAUGCGAGCCUCAAGUGCAUAUUAAGAACGUGAUCCAAUAUUUUUUGGACUGUUGCAUUUGCACUCAUCAUCUAUUAAAUCAACUUCUUGCUCCAAUAAAGGUUGCGCAGUGAAUUGAUUUGAAAAGCUUUUCUCACUCAAUUGAAGUAAUUCAGCAGGAAAUAUUUGAUAAAGCGUCAUUUUUCUAUAAGGAGCCAAAAUCUGAAUUUAAAAAAAAUAUCACUAUGCAGAAAUUACUAUGUAAUCAAUAAUCAGUUUUCUUUAAAAUGCUUGAAUUCAAGCAUGAAAGGUCUUUAGGAAAAGAUGAGCUAAGAUAUGUGAUUAAGAUUAAGAUUAGCCGUUCGCACAUUGCAGGGCCGGGGAUUUCCACCCCUACACUCUCAUCGCUCCCGAGGAGCCCCGGCGGACACCCUCCUUGUUGCCACAAACACGGGAUUCGCACAGAUCAGUCUUGACUUCCAUGGCUUCUGGAGCCUAAGGGCCAACCACUUGGGUGGAAACUCCCAGUUUCUCGUUGGAUAAAUGCCAUCUCUUGAGUCCUAUUCGAGGGAGUUAGCCUCCACCCGGGACUGUUGCCGAUCUUGUCCUUUCCAAUGGUUGUUCUGGAGGCAAAAGCCUGAGUCCCACGGAUUAGCUCCAUAGGGCCCGAGUAAAACCUAGCCCGACAUACACAAAGGGUUUCCGGCAUCUUUCCACCCAAUUCGCCAACACUGGGCCAUUGCCUGCUGCUGUUGAGAAAAUAGGGUCGAGAGGUCGGGUUGCACGUCGUCGCCAUUUUUAUGUAUAUAAGACAUGUGAUAAGCAUGGCUUUAAAGAAAAGAAAAAAACAAGCGAACCAACAAAAAAUUGUAGAAUGGACAUUUGAUAAGGCAAAGGUCCUUUCAGGAAAGAACAAAUCAACAGUUUCUUUUGAUGAGUUUUAUAUUAUUCUUCGGAAUUAG